AUGACUAAAAGUAUUCGUACAGUUUUAACACCGCUCUUGAUAAUCAGUUAUGUGUCCGGUUUAAGUAUUACCGAAUUUCCUGUAGGUUGUCCAAGAGUAUGGUUCAGUCUCUUGUAUAUGCUGCUAUUUUGGCCAAUUUUUCUUUUCUUAUUUAAAUCUAUAAUAAUAUCUUACUUUAAUAAUGAACAUUAUAAUAUCGAAUAUCAUAUAUGUCUUGGAUUAGACAUUUUGAUAACAUUAUUGUCAAUUGUAUUCGGAAUUUAUCAUGAUAAGAAAUUUAGAAAUUGUUUGAAAAAACUCGAUAUUGUCGAUAGUACGUUACGGAAUGUUGGAACAAUAACGGAUUAUCACAAGCUAUAUAAAAAAACGAUGUGUCACAUCACAGGAUGGUUCCUAUUGGUUAUAACAUUGACUAAUGUAGUAGCAUAUUGGCUAAGAACCGAGUACAACUACGAUAUUUUAACAUCUAUGUAUGCUGUCUUUGUGCGAAAUUAUUGUUCGUAUAUUAAUAUGAUCAAUGACUUGAUCAUUGCAAACAUUUUUGGAUACAUAGGAUUAAAGUUUGAUCAAAUUAAUCAACAUCUUUUGAAUUUAACGAGAGAUAACAAACAUGAAAUAAAGCGAGCUUGGGAAACUUCUAUUCUCCAACAUAGAGUUCCACAAGCUUUAAGCAAUGAAUGGUUGAUAUGGAUAAUGAUACAUCUUCAUUCGGAAUUACGUAAAAUAUCUCGAGAAGUAAAUUUGAUAUUUGGAGUACAGAUGACUUUCAAAAUGGGAUGUAAUUUUUUUUGGCUAGCGCUUGAUUUGCGUGAUAUUUUUAAUGCGAUACUGAUUGACAAUUAUAUCAAAUCUAAUAAAACACUAUACACGGUUGUACUGUUAUUUUUGCUUUGUCAUAACAUUUUCAAACUUUACUUCAUUAAUUAUAUGUGCGAAAUGGUUAAUACCAAGGCGAAUGCGACAGGAAAUUUAAUAAACAAAAUACCAUAUUCUAUUUAUGAUAUCAAUGUUCGAGAAAAUAUAUUACAGCUUCUAUUGCAAAUAACUCAAGCGCCAGUCAGAUUCUAUGGAAUUGGGCUUUUCCAGUAUGGCUACAAAUUUCUUUACGGAUUCAUCUCGUCGAUUACGACCGUUGUAGUUUUAUUAACACAGGCGUGCAUAAAUAAGCAAACAUUAAAAAUAAAUGAUGAUUAA